GGUUCCGGCUGUCAGUGGCCGGUGCAGCAGCACAGCAGCUCGGCUACAGCAGGGAGCAGCAGCCCGCUCCCCUGGUCCUCUCUUCCCGGCACCUAUUGUGCGUCCUGCCCGCUGACACCCGCUCCAACAUGUCCGCCAGGCCGGGAUUCUACCGCCAGGAGCUGAACAAGACGGUGUGGGAGGUUCCGGAGCGGUACCAGAACCUGACGCCGGUGGGCUCCGGAGCCUACGGUUCUGUGUGCUCGGCCUACGAUGUGGUCCUGCGGCAGAAAGUGGCGUUGAAGAAGCUCUCCAGGCCUUUCCAGUCUCUGGUCCACAGUCGCCGCUCCUACCGGGAACUGAGGCUCCUCAAGCACAUGAAACACGAGAACGUGAUCGGGCUGCUGGACGUCUUCACACCUGCUGCCACCUUGGAGGACUUCAACCAACUCUACCUGGUCACCAACCUGAUGGGUGCAGACCUCAACAACAUAGUCAAGUUCCAGAGGUUGUCUGACGAGCACGUUCAGUUCUUGAUCUAUCAGCUGCUGCGAGGCCUCAAGUACAUCCAUUCAGCGGGCUUGAUUCACAGAGACCUGAAGCCCAGCAACGUGGCCGUUAACGAGGACUGUGAGCUCAGAAUCCUGGACUUUGGCCUGGCGAGGCAGACGGACGACGAGAUGACGGGCUACGUGGCGACUCGCUGGUAUCGAGCGCCAGAAAUCAUGCUCAACUGGAUGCACUACAACCAGAACGGUGAGAGCUCCUUCUUUCUGAGACCUUCUGAGGGAGGAAAGAACUUCACAUGUAGGCUUUGUCUUCCAGUGGAUAUCUGGUCAGUGGGAUGCAUCAUGGGAGAACUGCUGAAAGGGAAAGUCCUCUUUCCCGGCACGGACUAUAUCGACCAGCUGAAGAGAAUCAUGGAGAUGGUUGGGACGCCGACGCCUGACCUCCUGAAGAAGAUCUGCUCCGAGCAUGCUCAGAAGUACAUCCAGUCUCUGCCUUUCAUGCCCCAGCAGGACCUGGAGAAGAUCUUCAGGGGCGCAAAUCCACUCGCUGUGGAUCUGCUAAAGCGUAUGCUGGUUCUGGACUGCGACGGCAGAAUCUCAGCCAGCGAGGCACUGUCCCACCCUUACUUCUCUCAGUACCACGACCCGGACGACGAACCAGAGGCGCCGCUUUACGAUCAGACGCUAGAGAGCAAAGACCGCACUCUAGAAGAAUGGAAAGAGUUGGUGUUUGCGGAGGUGAGCGGCUUCAAGGCGUCUGGCGGCAAGACCGGCGGCCUUCAGGCGGAGCAGUGAGCCCCACCCGUGCCACACCCGCUCACCUGUACAAGUCACCUGGACUUCCCGUCAGCCUGAAAGAAGAAAAACGCCGCCUGCUUCGCCAUUAUUGCAACACUUUUGAUGUUUUCGCCGUUUACAAAGAAUGUACUCCUGCCUGCAUACUACAUACUACAUACUACAUACUGCAUGAGUGUACUAUGUCAACACGCCAGCCUGCAGGUCAGAGGGAGGAAAUGUACCAAAUAAUCAUUUCAUCACAUCAUAAAAGUUGCAGAGAGGAAGUUGUAGUAACCACCGACUGUGCUUUGACUUCAUUUAAGUGUUCACAGUGUGGAUCGUCAACACUUAUUAUUUCUAUACUUUAUGUAAAUAUGAUUUUAGCAUCACUUUGAAUUGUUUACUGUAUUUGCAGGGUGAGCUGCAACUGUCACGUGUACUUAAAGUACGCUAACGUGAACGUGGAGUGUACUUAAAGUACGCUAACGUGAACGUGGAGUGUACUUAAAGUAUGCCAACAUGAUCAUGGAGUGUACUUAAAGUAUGCCAACGUGAACGUGGAGUGUACUUAAAGUACGCUAACGUGAACGUGGAGUGUACUUAAAGUAUGCCAACGUGAUCGUGGAGUGUACUUAAAGUACGCUAACGUGAUCGUGGAGUGUACUUAACGUGUGCCAACAUGAACGUGGAGUGUACUUUAAGUACGCAAACGUGAACGUGGAGUGUACUUAAAGUACGCUAACGUGAACAUGGAGUGUACUUAAAGUACGCUAACGUGAACGUGGAGUGUACUUAAAGUACGCUAACGUGAACGUGGAGUGUACUUGAAGUAUGCUAUCAUAAAGUGUAUGUAAAGUAUGCCAACGUGAACGUGGAGUGUACUUAAAGUACGCUAACGUGAACGUGGAGUGUACUUAAAGUACGCUAACGUGAACGUGGAGUGUACUUAAAGUAUGCUAAUGUUAACGUGGAGUGUACUUAAAGUAUGCUAAUGUUAACGUGGAGUGUACUUAAAGUAGGCUAACGUGAACAUGGAGUGUACUUAAAGUAUGCUAAUGUGAACGUGGAGUGUACUUAAAGUAUGCUAA